AUGCCUCCUCAAAUCAUCAAUCUAAGCUCUGAUGACGAUGAGGAUUUCAAUCUGCCUUUCCAUUCGACAGGGAAGGAAGGGGCUGUAAAUCCCACGUCAAAUCAGGGUAAAACCCCGAGCGUCAGCAACAAACGUGACGUCGCGGGCAGCAGACAAGGAAUGCUGGAUGAGAAUAUUGAUCUGGGCUCGCCCUUCUGGGAGAUGAAUGAGAACGAGCACAUUCUUCACAAUGCCACAUCAAGAAGCUCAACCGUGAGCAGCCACACCGAACGUAGCAGUCCCAGUGAGGAGCGGCCACGUCCUACGGCACGAAGAGACAACGGCAAAGGGAAGCAACGUGAGGUUGAAAUCCCGGCAAUCGACUUAUCUCAGCUAGAUUCCGAUGACGAUGAUGAUGGUGUGGUUCUUGACUCUGGUAAUGGAGACCUCAGCGAGGACGAAGCCCUGCGACGAGCCAUUGCAAUGUCGCUCCAAGAACAGACGCCUCGUCGCGAGUCCAACGAGAGCGCGGGUAUGGGCACAUCUUCAGCUUCGUCAGGUGCAGCAAAAGUGAAGGUCAAAGCAAGCGCCAGACCAUUGAAGGACGUGGGCUCCACGAGAAACAAGGAGGAUGCGACGACACAAACGCCAGAUGAUGGAACCAUUUCUCCUUCGCCGUCUCCUUCUCCCGCUAUCCUUUCAAACCCGCACCAGAUCGCGAGGGGGCUUUUAACGCCACCAUCUCCAGGGUUGACGCCAACGACAUCGGCUGCUGAUGUCCAAGCUUAUCCUACCACAACCCGUGAUGGACCCGGGAAUUCUGCACCAACCCCAAUUCCUAGGCCACCGUUGUCCAGUCCUAGCGACAGCACGUUUAGCCUGGCGAACCUCGACCGGCAACAAAUGGAAGCGGAGCGACUGGCUCGACGGAAACGGAAGCUCGAAGGAGAAGGAUCAAACCAUGAGAACCAGGGCGGAGAAGGCCACAGUGCCAAAGUCGUCAAGCUCGGUCAGCCCGCGACCGCGACCGCGACCGCGACAGACUCUAAGACGCGGACGAUGGAAUCGACUCAAACGGGAACUCGAUCUGGAUCUGGAUCGAUACCGCCAAAUCAGCAGCAGCUGACCGACAACAUUCGCAGGAACAGCGGCAAUUCGAACCGCCAAUUGCAGUUGGCGGCAAAAAACAAUAGACCGGCAGCAGCAGCACCGGUAACAGCAGUACAUGGCUUCAAUGCUGGACAGCGCACGGCAGCCACUGAAGCAACGUCGUCAAGCCGGAAAGCCGAGAUUACUGGCAAUAGCAAAAGUAACACCAGCGGUGUUGUACCGCCGUCUAUGAACGCUGCACUGCCUAAUCCUACACCGACUCCUCUGCCGCCAACCAUUAACAUUGAUGAUGAUGGCGACAACGACGACUUCGUCAAUAACAUCACCGACACCACCGCCACUGCCACCACCAGCAAUACCAACAACAGUGCUCUAAACCUCUACCCCGAAGGCAUUGCUCUGAAAACGUACAUCGCCGGCCACUCGUCCGCGGACACAAUCACAUUCGCGAAACUUGUAUCUCCCUCGUCUCGGCUCGAGUCGUGCCUCCUAUCCUCCUUCAUCUGGGACUUCGACUGGGUUUUCCCGCACUUCGAGACGCGGCGGACCAAGUUCCAGCUCGUCAUGCACGCGAGGGACGCCGCGCAGAGGGAGGCGCUGGUGCGGGACUUUCAGGGCGUGCCGAACGUGCGGUUGACGUUUCCGCCUAUGGGGACGAACGUCAACUGCAUGCACAGUAAGCUCAUGUUGCUGUUUUACAAGGACGAAGGAGAGGAAAAGGGCAAUGGCAAUGGUGGCGCAGCAACAGCAACGGUGGGAAAUAAUGCCCUGGGGGGUCGGAAGAAGGGCGGCGGCGGCGGUGGUCAGAGAUGUCGCAUCGUGGUGCCCACUGCGAACCUCGUCGACUUCGACUGGGGCGUCGGCGACUUCAUGGAGAACACAGUCUGGCUAAUUGACUUGCCUGCCAAACCCCUACCUGCCUCUACCGCAAAUUCGGCGUCUUUGGAUGGUGCGACAGCAGGACGCUCCCCAGAGACAUCGUUUGAAAAAUCAUUAAAAGCCUUCCUCACAGCCCAGACCGUCCCAGACGACGUGGUCCGCAAGCUCGACCUGUUCGACUUCCGCAGGACCGAGCGCUACGGCUUCGUCCACACCAUUGGCGGCAUGCACGGCGGCCAGGAGGCAUGGCAGACGACGGGCCUCUGCGGGCUCGGUCGGACCAUCACUGAACUUGGCCUGGCCGCUCGAGGAGGACCCAUUCAGAUGGACUACGUGACUUCUUCCGUGGGCAGCUUGAACGACGACUUCUUGAGAUCGAUGCACCUCGCUGCCUCAGGCGACAGUGGUCUAACAGAGUACACCAUGCGAUACGACAAAGGGGGCCGGGUCAAACACGGCAACUGGAAGGAAAACUUUCGCUUCUACUUUCCCAGUGACGACACGGUGCGAACGUCCAGAGGAGGCCCUCGUAAAGCGGGCACAAUCUGCUUCGCCAUUCAAUGGUGGAAUAACCCAAAAUUUCCCCGGUCUAAUAUGUAUGAUUGUGUUAGCAUUCGCCAGGGUCUACUUAUGCACAACAAGCUACUGUUUGUCAGAUAUACUUCACCAGUCGAAAAGGCUCAGCCAGGGAAUAUUGGUUGGGCGUACGUGGGUAGUGCGAACCUCUCUGAAAGUGCUUGGGGUCGACUUGUUCAGGACAAGGCCACCAAGAAGCCUAGACUCAAUUGUCGGAACUGGGAGUGCGGAGUCAUUAUUCCAAUCCCAGCAGUGAACAGCAGCCCAGGCAUCUAUACCGUCAAGGACACAGAUAGUGCGGGGCUUGCGUCGUUCAAUCACACUGUCCCGGUCCCAAUGAGAGUUCCCAGCGAGUGUCUCGAAAACAAGAUACCUUGGGUAUUGUCGGAAUGA